CACCCCUGCCACUGCCUUGUUCCCCCAAAACUACACCACACUUGCUCCCCACACACCGUUGGGGGUGCCCCAGCAGUGCAGCCCACGGAGGCCCUCCUCUGUCUGUGCUUCAGCACCCCUGGCUAUACUCAGGGCUGAGCAGGCACAGGCAAGCACUGCAGGUUAUGAGUACAUCUGAUGGUACAGGGAAAGGGGCUUUCAUCAAACCCAAAAGAAAUGCAGCUACAUAAGUAACUGUUGUCUGUGAUAAUACCUUCACCUUUUGCUUUUUACUGCAAGAAUUAUCUAUCCCAGAUAAUAGCUGGGAAGAGAAAGAUCUGAACACCCUGUUCUGGAUUGCAGGUUUCUGCUGUCAUGCCUGGAGUGAGGAUGCCUAGAGUGUGUAGCCACCAAGGGCACUGCAGGAGCAUGAGAAGCUGAAAGUAUGGAGAUCUGCAUUAGGAUGAGUUCCAUAACCUCCACAGCUUGGUACAGCCAUGGGAGGAAUGUAGAGCUGAGUGGUCACAAGAGAAAAUAAGUAGCCAAGGAUUCGUGGUUGCUGAGCCUGAUGUAACUGCACAGAUGGACCAAGAAGAAGAACAAGAUCCUGAGGCCUCAGAGGAGACACACAUGGGUGAGGAAUAAGUUAGAUCAGAUUAUAAAGACAGAGCAAGCAAAAUGCUUUCUGAAUUACUUCAGCAGCCAUUUUAUUUCAUGCAGCUCAUAUUAAGACCUCUUUUCCCCUCAGGGCAGGCAGACAGCCUUUGACAGCCUGCUGUUAAGAGUAUGUAUAGGAAGACGGAGUAUUAGGAAGACAAGAUGUGAAGAUUUCUUGGGGGCAAGGAGACACCUGUAGCAUAGCCUUUGGCUCUACUGUUUGUGGCACGUCAGUCUUCCUUUUACUGCUCCUCCUACAUAGUGCAGAUGAGGCUUCCUAGGGUAACAGCUUGCCCGUUCUCUGCUGUGCCACUCCCCACCAAGAAUCACAGUUACAGUUAUACUUUUCUUCCAGAUGAUGAGCUAGGUCCCCUUCCAGAUCACCUUGCAAGCACAGAUCUGCAGGAUGUGUUGGCAGUGGGAUCCAGGGGAGGAGAGGAACAGUUGGGAAACAGCCAUGGAAGUCGGCAUGAUUCCGCAGGAGCUCAGCAAGGUGACUGUGAGGAAGAAGGGGUGACUAAGCUGCCUUCUUCUAAUAUCAGCCUGGUAAAAGAAUGGGACAGAAGGACAUCAGCAGCCUCACAGGGCACUCCUUGUGCAGGGCUACCCACCGUCCGCUCUGAGUGCGGCAAGGGCUUCAGUCGGAGCAUCCAUCUCAUCCAGCACCAGCGAAUGCACACUGGGGAGCGCCCCUUCCUGUGCGGAGAGUGUGGCAAGGGCUUCAGCCAGAGCUCCCAUCUCAUCCAGCACCAGCGGGUCCACACGGGCCAGAAACCCUACACCUGUGCUGAGUGUGGGAAGAGCUUCAGCCAGAGCUCUAACCUCCUUAAGCACCAGCGCAUCCACACCGGGCUCAAGCCUUACAUGUGCAGCGAGUGUGGCAAGAUCUUCAGUGACAGCUCCACCUGCAUCAAGCACCAGCGCAUGCACACAGGUGAGCGGCCCUACAAGUGCCCAGCCUGUGGGAAAAGCUUCAGCCAACACUCCCAUCUCCUUCAGCACCAGCGAACCCAUGAUGGCAUUCGGCCUUACGCCUGUGGGCAGUGUGGCAAACAUUUUGGGCAGAGCUCUGACCUCAUUAACCACACUCGUACCCACACUGGUGAGAAGCCUUACAAAUGCAGCCAGUGUGGCCGGGGCUUCAGUGGCAACUCCAACCUCAUCAAGCAUACCCGUAUCCACACUGGGGAGCAGCCGUACCACUGCACCCAGUGUGGGGAGAGCUUUCGUUUCCAGCCCCAGCUGGUGCGCCACCAGAAGCACCACACGGACUAGCUGGUGGAGUGGAGAAAGCUUUGUGGACCACAGGCAGCUACCUGGUGUUGGGAAGAUGCACAGCUGCUCCCUGGACACCUCAUAUGGGACAUGAGUUUUGUGGAAGGGAGCCGUCAGAGCCUUGUCCCCUUGUGUUCUGGGUAGCUCUGAGCACUGUCCAGGCACUUCAGCAGAGGGAGGCUGCUGCAAAACAAGCUGUGUUCACUGUGAUGCAGAGGUUAUUCUGAGCCCCUCUCUUGGGGAUAGGGAGAGGAAAGGUGCUUAUAUUUUACGGUAUAUUCAAGGCCAGAGAAGAGACCAUAGGACUGGUGUCUUUCUCUGUUAUUUCUAGCAGGGAAUGGUUUUUACCCCAGUAAAAAAGAGCUAAAAUCUGUACCUGUUUGCUGUACAAGCUGCCUGGGUUUUACCACAUGGUAAGGCCACAGCCUGGGAUGAUCACUCCCUUUAGAAUCCGCAUUUCUCACUUGUCAGUGGUCUUGGGUUUGGGUGACAUUAGUACCUAUUUAUUUUAAAGUCCCACAAGACUGCUGCGUGCCUCAGCAUACAUGUGCUUUCUUGGGAUGUCAUCUAUGGAGCAGUAUUUUUGCUGAGUUGUAUAGUUGUUACAUUGACAGUUCCACAAAUGACAGCUUACUCCUCAGUAUUAAUUAAGUAAAUUAACAUCCUUACGGGUAUUUCUCUCAGAUUCUUGUUUAGGUACUUUUGUGGGUGGCACUUUAUGAAUGCUUUUUAUAAGGCUCCUAAAAGUAUUUAGGAUUACUUUUUUGAUUGUGGUGGUCUAAUUGUCAGUUGAUGAGCAGAAGAAGGAUGACAUUUGAAAAAUAAGCUACGUCAAACUUUGAUUUUAUAUUAAAUGUUAAACAUUUU